GCCAACUGCACCGUCCAACGUCAAAGUUGCCAGGGGUGCUGCCCAGGGGGAGACAGGCGUGACCCAGACGAGUGCUCCAGGCACCGUACGGAAAAGGGUGCGGAAGCAGCCCAAGCUGAAAGCCACCAGGGUUCCGAAGGUCAAGGUGAGAAAGUUGGGUAAGUCAAGAGAGGGGGCCUCGGAGAACAGCGUCUGGGAUUUCAUCCGCGAGAAGGACAAGCAAGCCAUGGAGGAAGGGGCGUUCAUGGACACUUUCCUUGGGCAGCUUGUCACAACAAUUACGCUGGGCAUUUCCGUCCUUCUCAUCCUAUGGGAGAUCUACUUGAACACGUUGUAUCCGCGUGUGUAUCCAACGUACAACCCGUUGAACCCACAGAUCAUGGUGGACGAAUCCAUGCAGGAGGACCAAUAG